GCUCCCGGUGACCUUACUUGACCUGCAGUAAGCUCCUCAUAAGGCUGGAGCUUGGGCCUCGGUUCAGGAUCAGAGAAGUCAAAGCUCCUGCAAGGCUGACACUGCCCAUUCAACAUCAACAUUUCACAUUCCCCUCCAUAAUUCUCACCUCUCCAUUCAAAAAACAAUCAAACCAACAAAAACCACCCUCACCCACCACAUAAACCAAAUCCCACAUAAACUAACUCAUAUCAAACCAAAAAAGCCAACCAUGACAACAACCACAUCUCCUCCCGCAAAUCUCCCAGCAAACUCGGAAAUCUACCCCUCCCCCUUUCCCGCUCGCUCGAAAACUGCUUCUGCUACGAUUAAUGGCGUGCUUACGGAUGUUUCGUGCAUGUAUUUUGCGGAUAGGAUUUUAGUUACUAUUUGUCAGGGAGGAAGAUUGGGUCAAUGGGUUUGUUGUUCUUUUUUCUUGUCUUAUUGCAACAUUGUUUCUGUUUCUGUUUAUGAGUAAUUUUUUUAAGUUUUGUGAUUUCCUUAUAUCCAUCCUUAUACUAAACUCACUCUGCUCACUCUGCUCACUCUCCUCCCCCUAACUCAUCCUCACAGAUACAAAUUCCCCUCACCAGCGCCUCCCCCACCAGCUUCGACACCGCAAUUCCCCUCCCCUCUUCCACAUCUACCUUAACCUCUAUAUCCAAUGGCGCAAAUAUGAUUCUGCCACUUGAACAUUUAACUCCUCGUACGUUACUAGGUGCGGCGGGGAAAGAGAGAGGAUUGCUCAUUUGUAUGCGAGUCAGAUUGGGAGUAUGAUAUUGGGAAGGGAUCCGGAGGAGAGGAGAACGGUUUUGUUGGGCUUGGGGUUGGAGGAGGAGAAGGGAAAGGGGAGUGUGGGUGCGG